ACAUUUGUUUUCUGUUCGUCGUCGUGUCAACAUCUGCUGUUCUCCCUCUGAGUUGGGCGGCCAACUCACAUCGAACGGUAGUAAAGAACAACAGUUUUAUGAGUGCGGAUGUGUUUAAUGCCUGGAUAUUUUAAACGAAUAUAUGAAUGUUUUCAAAAAUAAACGCAAGCAAAAAAGAACAACAAAUCAAAUUCAAAAAUGCUAAACCGGACAUUUUAAAAUAUCAUCAACAAAACUCCAAAAAAUGCAACUGUAACAACAAAUGCAAUAUUAGUUUUAAUAAAUGCAACCAACAAAGGACUACAAAGUGCAAAAUCGCGCAUUAAAACUGUAAAACAAAUGCAAAUGCAGGGAUAACCGUAAAUGUGCGCGAAGCAAGAGAAAAUUGUGUUUUAGCAAUUUGAAUAAGCGAAGGCGAAAAGAGAGGAAGAUCGAAGUGAACGCAACUGUUCUUUGUGGAAAUAAAUAUAAUACAAAAACACUAGCAACAAAAUGCUGUGGGAAACGAUAAUCGAGGAAAAUAACUGCAACAGCAUGGAAUGUUCAAGAAAUGUGAAUGGCUCCACACGUCGCGCCGCUCGCCGUGCUCUGCCCUGCAGUCUCACCUCGAUCGAUGACAUGGCCAUGGACUCUGACGAGUUGUCCUUUUAUGACGACGACGACACACUGUCCGUCCCACAUGACCAGCAGGCCAUGCCCAACCCCGAGCUGCUGGGCCUGUUGUCGCCAGAGGGUUCGCCACAGCGUUUCCAAAUUCUGCCGCAAGAAAAGUUACAACAACAAUAUUGCGGUAAUAGCGCAGCAACGCCAGCGCGCACGUUUCGCGUCUUUAAUAGUCUGUCAUCCACCGGCUCUAUGGAAUCAUCUAUGGAUGAUGAGUACAUGGAGCUAAUGGAAAUGGAGCAGCAGUCACAGCAGGCGCCCAGUUUUGGUUUUCCCAGCGGUUUGAAUUCGCUGAUCAGCGGACAAAUUAAAUCCUCACCACCCGCUCCCAAAACUCCCGACUCGCUGAUGAUGCGUCGUCCACCGGUGCGCCGCUGCCUCAGCAUGACAGAAACGAAUGCGAAUUCACCAAAGACGCCCGAGAUGCUGUUAACAAAAGAGACUGCCCGGGAUUGUUUCAAGCGUCCCGAACCGCCUGUAUCGGCGACUUGUUCGCCCGUGCAGACAAAACGUCAUCGCUGUGCCGAGAAGGAGAACUGUCCAGCACCUGCUGAAGUUACUCCAGCCACCACGGCCAGCACCCAAACCACCAGUCAUCCCCCACCACUGCGCAAGUGCAUGUCACUAAACGAUGCAGAGAUCGCCUCGGCCUUGGCCCGUUCCGAGAAUCGCAACGAACCGGAGCUAAUUGGUGAUCUGAGCAAGGCGCAUGUUCUGCCCCUGGUGCCCGGCCGCCAUAGCGACCUCAAGUCCAUCUCUAGCGCCACUGUGGCCCGUUUGCUGCGCGGCGAUUUCGAUCAGCAGGUGGCCAGCUAUCGCAUUAUCGACUGCCGCUAUCCCUACGAGUUCGAGGGCGGCCACAUUGAGGGCGCCAAGAAUUUGUACACCCACGAGCAAAUUCUCGAGGAAUUCCUGACCACCCAACAAACCGAGAUGCAGCAACAACAAAAUGCUGCUUCAGGCAACAAACGCAACAUCAUCAUUUUUCAUUGCGAGUUCUCUUCGGAGCGCGGCCCCAAGAUGUCGCGCUUCUUGCGCAAAUUGGAUCGUGAGCGUAAUACUAAUGCGUAUCCGGCUCUACAUUAUCCCGAAAUCUAUUUACUGCACAAUGGCUAUAAAGAUUUUUUCGAGACGCAUGCCGAUCUGUGCCAACCGCACUCGUAUCGCCCCAUGCUGGAGCCGGCAUAUACUGAGGACUAUCGCCACUUUCGUGCCAAGUCAAAGUCAUGGAAUGGCGAUGGUUUGGGCGGCGCCACUGGGCGGCUGAAGAAGUCGCGUUCACGUCUCAUGCUAUAAGCGCUUAUGAAAGGGUCGCAUGAUCAUAGUAUAAACAAAAAAGAAAACAAUUGGGGGGUAUAUUUAAAUUGUAUAUAGGAAAGUGGGUAUUUAUUUUUGAUUACCAAUCUUAAGUUGAUUUUGUUGAUUUUGAUUUGUUGGUUUAGUUUAAGUUUUAAGUUGUAAUUGCGCGCGCCCCCUCUCUGAUUCAUACACAACGCACUCAUUCACACACAAAAACGAAUUUUUCAUGUCAUUAUUGUUUUUUAAGUUAGUGAUUUGUUUCGUCAAUUUAUUGUUUUCAUUAGGUUUGUGCUUUAGUUGAAUUUAUUACCUUACCUACCGCUUUAGUUCAAAUUCUAACGUAACAAAAAUGUGCAUUAUAUUAUCUAAAAAAUUACAAAGGUUUAAUGUCGUCUUCGUCAUCAUCGUCAGUCAUUGUCGGUAGAAUUUAAGAACAAAACCCAUUCAUUCAGACUCCUUAUAAACGCAUAGUUGAUAAGCAGAUAAACGAUAUGGCCAUAUAGAAACAAAAUGAAAAAAAAACCACCACCUGUGCACACUCAUCCAAAUCUACAUAUAUAGAUAUAUACACAAGCAACAACAACAACAAGAACACACGCAAACUUACAUUUAUGCAUUUAGACAUUUAUUAAAUACAUGUAGGAUGAGUUGAAAGUUAAAAACUUCUGCUAGGUACA